AUGACCGGCUCAGCCCCAGCGUCACGACCCGGCCCUUCCCCGACAUCGGCUGCCUCUCCAGUCGCCGGAAAAUGCAGGUUUUUGGCCGGUUUUCAUUCGAAACUUCGCCGGCUCGAUCUCCCUCCUCCGGCCACCGUUUCUGGCAACUCGAUUUACGAAUUGGAUUUCGGCCGGUUUUGCGAUCGCGAUUCCGGCCACUUCCGGUCAGUUUUUGGGGGUAGGAGUCUUGGCUCUCGAUUUGGAAAUUUUCCGGCGAUGCGUUAUUGCUUUGGACACCCACGCGCUGCCGGCGCGUGGGCACUGUAG